GCUAGUACUACAGAAGGUAACAACAUCGACCGUGAUUACCGAAUGGACGAAACAUUAAGGCUAUGUAGCAAACUCAUAAUUGAUUCUCAAGAUGCCAUGCUUGGCAGGAUUGAAGCUAUGCUUUGUAAACUCGUCGAAUCUCAAGUGCACAAAUUUCAGUCUGUAUCAGUGGUUUUGUCUCCAGCUGCAUCAACAGAUUCAGCACUAUUAGCACCACCAGAAGAAGGUGUAUCCGGCAACCGUGCUGAUGAGUUACCGGCAAACACCAGCAAUACAUCAUCGCUAUCAUUAGAGGAGAUCGUCGAGAUACAUGAUCAAGAUGGACAAGAACAGCCAACGACCGUUAUGGAAGUUAAAUCUGAUGACGGUUAUAUUUGGAAUGGAUACGAGGAACUAUGGGAAGCAGCAGCUAAUGGUGAUUGGGAAACAGCUAGGGAAUUUCUCAACCUUUAUCCAGCAGCGCUAACAGAACCAAUAACAGUUUACGGAGAAACAGCAUUACAUAUAGCUGCGUAUGAGAGCCAAGUGACGUUUGUACAGGAAAUUGUGAAUGUCAUGCCAGAAGAAUCACUUGCAUUACAGGGAAAUCGUCGCGGUUUUACAGCACUUCAUAUUGCUGCUAAGGUAGGAGAUGUCAGAACUGCUGCAUUGAUGGUACGAAGAAACCGUAAUCUGACACAAAUACGUGAUAAAAAAGGAAGAGUACCACUGCAAAUUGCAGCAAAACACGCUUCAGAUGGACAAAAGGAGGUAUUAGAGUAUCUUAUCUCUGAAACAAGGGACGAGGACCCAAGUCCCUUCUCUGGUCAUGGUGGUGCUGGGCUAUUGCGGAAUAUACUUUAUGCGAAUUUCUAUGAUAUGGCAUUGUCUCUCGUCCAACGGUUUCCAAAACUGGUUACUGAGAAAACAAAGAUAACUCAAUCAUGUGGAUUAGAAGUUAUGAUUCAGAGGCCAUUCGUAUUUCUAAGUGGAGCGCAGCUAGCUUGGUGGCAGCGGUGCAUCUACUACUUAAUUCAAGUGGAUAUGGGUUCUACAUUUAACCAUGGCACUACAGGAGACGAAGAAAACCUUUUGGGAAGCUCUAGUACACCCUCGAGAAGUUCCGGUCGCACCAUAACGAAGUUUAUCUCAACUUAUCUCAUGCCUUACUUAACACGAGUGCCUCGUAUAAAGAAGUUGUACAGUCAAAAGUUGAUGCACAGAGAAGCCCUCUUUGUUUAGUUAAAUAUAUGUUAGCGCAGCUUGAUAAAACAAUGAGUAGGUUUGAAAUAUC